GGCUUCGCUUCCCCACUUCUCCCCUGAUUCGCUGGGGCCUCGCUGUGACAGCGGCGAUUGGCUGGUGGGGGGAGCAUGGAGGUGUGUGAUUGGUCAGCGCGUCCUGCUGCGUGCGGGCACCCGGACAUUGCUCGCAGGUCGGACCGCUCAGGCCGCGGGCGCAGCAGUCGUGCGAUGGCGGAAAUGCCGCUUCAGAAGAAGGGCAAGAAAAGCGAUGAUGGGAUUGGCAGCAUGGUGGAUUUCUUAUUGGCCAAUGCCCGGCUGGUACUUGGCGUGGGAGGAGCUGCCAUGCUGGGUAUUGCUACCUUGGCUGUGAAACGGCUUAUUGACCGGGCAGCUUCCCCUCCUGAUGAGAAAGACGUAGAGGAGAAAGCUGAGCAGAAGUCCAUAGAAGAAAGCUGGAAGGAGGCAGUCCUGAUGAAGGCCUCCCCCAAACUGGUGCGGAAAGCCAAACGUGCUGAUCUCAGUGCCGCCUUACCAGCCCCUGAGCCCAGCCCACCAGCAGCAGAGGAGGUUCCCACUGACCAGGACAAGCCAACCAUAGACGUGAAGACCAGUAGGUGCUUCACCUUACAGGAGAUACUACUAGACUAUCACACAAAUGAUGCCACUGAGCCGGAAGCAAGGACACAAGUGGUGAAACAACUGGUGCUGGAUAUACUGACUGAGCUGCAGGGUUUUCUGAAGGCUAAGCACCCAGAGAUGCCCUUCUCUGCCAUGCAGUUAGGGAGGUCCCUAGGCAAUGGUUUCCCCGUAUCCUCUUUGGACCAUGCUUGUUUGUUGCUUCCCUUGCUCCUGGAACCUGAUCUGUGGACAUUUGUACCGGGUCAGGAAACUAUCCUUAAUGACCCCCAGUUCUGGAUGAUUAAAAGAGUUAACCUGGAGUUCACGGCCCGGGGUAGCAGUCCUUGGGACAGGUUCAUGCUGGGAGGUUACCUCUCCACUAGGACAAUUUUAGAGACUUUGCACAAGACAAUCGUAGGGUCCAUCAACUGGCCGUCCAUAGGAACAGUGCUAGAUUGCACCAUACGACCAGUAGUUGCCCCUGAUGACCUUAAGCUAGAGGUGGAUCACCAGGAUUUCCAACUGACUAUCAACAUUCUCCCAACGGCUGCCACCAAAGAUGUUGUCCUUCACGCCUUCGCCCACUCAAUGGCUCCUGCCGAAAAUCUCUGGUGGCAAAGCUUCUACCGCGAGGAGAUCAGUCGGCUUCAGGAACUGGACAGUACCGAUGCUGGUGUCAGGCUGAAGUGCCUCCAAAUUAUUAAUAGUAUUUGCCGUAAGCGCCCCGGUCUUGGCCGACUGUCUCCAACACACUUGAGACACGUCCUCCUACAUGUCAGUAAAGACUCGUCUGAUUGGUCAGAGGCUGCUAUUGCUGAUCGAUUCCUGCAAAUCAUAGAAGCGCUCAUUGGAUACUUGGGUACUGGGUUCCUCCCGUGUUAUUUUAACGACAGACUCAACUUAUUUUCCUGUCUGAGUGAGGAGGACGUCGAUGAGCUGGGAUUUGGCCUGUACCAGAUAUUUUCCGAUCCUAACUCGUUGCUAAAAAAUGACUAAUGCUCUUUGGAUCUAUUAUCUGCUGCAGUGAUCAGAGGUACAUGAACUAAUAGGCACCAAUCAUGCACAAGCCGGAUCCAAUCCAAAGAUUUCUCAGCCAGGCGUGCGUUGCAGAAUCGCACUCUCUGAUUUAAUUUUUAUUGCUUUGUCUGAAGUUCUUUUCAGAUACCUGUGUCACACUCUCCCCAUGGUGACGGCCCUUUCAUAUCGCUCACCUAUUCAGCACUCGGGGUAGGGUAAUGCAGCGCACACCCCACUAGUAGGGUAUUGGCAGCAGAGUUGGUUCAUUUGUCAACCAGGAAGCUAUGGCCUGUUCUGCAUAGUAGUGUCAAUGUGUGGAGUCCCCAUUUUUGUUAAGGGCACUGCCCUUACUACCCUAUUGAAAGAGUGCUUUGCUGUUCCAAAAGAAUAGUCUAGUCAAUAUGCCCUGGAUUAUUUGGAGACAAUCUGGCUGUGCAUGCUGGGAAUUGUAGUUCAAGAUUCCACCAGGACUGUAGUUUGUUUAAUCGGUUGCAGAUGUCGCUUAAUGAAUUGUUUGCAGAUAAUCCUAUUCUGCUGCUGUUUGUUUCACUAGAACUGGAAGAGAAAUGGUAACCUGUUGGUAGCUGUACAUUGUUAUUUAUGCACCUUUUAUGUUUGUUUGUUUGUUUGUUUGAGCUUUUAACUUGUCAUACACUAAUUAUUAUUUCCUUUUUUUUUUUUAUGAAGUUUUGAGAUGGUUUUGCACAAAGAAGCAAUGGCUGUUUUCUGCCUUUGUUUUAUCUUGAUUGCAUUGGUGUUGGGUAAAAAAAUAAAUAAUGAAAUGUCCUUGCUUAAAUACCUGAAAGGUUAUGUUCAGCCCAUGAUUUCUUGGUGUCCCUGUUUGGCCACUCCUAGUACUGGGUUGUGGACAGAACGAGGCCAUGUUCAUCUUUAGAUUUUGUCCUUGAUCAAAUGAGACGAGCCAUAUAAUCUGAACAUGUUGGCAAAUGAUCCUGAUCUAAGUAUUUUCUUAUGUUUGGAUAAUUUGCUAAUUUAGUGUGAUACGUUAGUCUGUGCAGGAUUAUACAUUUAUGAAAACAUGACCUGCUGAGGGUAUCGCAGAAACCUGUGACUGUCCUGCUGUCUUUGCGUUACAAUGUUCUGUAUGCUCUGCCAUCUAGCAGGGACAGCUGCUGAGCCAGGUGGUAUUGUUUGUCCUCGGAGAGAACUCUGCCCUAGAAGCUGACUCACUCCUAUCUAUAGAAAGCGCAGGUCUUUACACACAACACGUAAUUGGGGUUAUUCGAUUUCUACAUGGCAGCACUUUAUAUGGGAUGGCACUAGUUUUGAUUAUUACUUUUAGAUGGCGUGGGGGGGGGGGGGUGACCCAUCUUUGUCGAUCAGCAUAGUGAAAGCAUAAACCGUUGUAGUUAAGCAGCAACUGUGGAACUACAACUAAAAGCAUGGCCUGCCAGCCAAACACAGCCUGUUAGGCUGGGACUUGUACUACCACACGGGCUGAAGCGCCCUCUAGUAAGCCACUUCUUCUUUUAAUACACACUGGCACUUACGUAACAGCCUGUGAGUUGCAAGGACUGCUGUUACUGGCCUUGUAGCCUGUUCAUAUAGAGUGGCAAUCCAUUUGUUUUGCCUUUUUAAAUUAUUGCUACAUGAAUUUUAUGGGUGAAAUUGCCAGAUUUGACAGUUCCUGCACCUCACGGGCUGCUAUGUAAGGGCAGGAGUGGUAGGUCUCUCGUGAAUAAGAGGAGUCGAAGUAAAAAUUAUUUUAGUGUCCUGUUUGGUUUUGGGGGUUUGUUGUGUUUUUUUUGUUUUGUUUUUUUUUAGAUGUGGAAAGUACAGCUACCGAAUCCUAUUCCUCACGCAAUCUGCAAACAGUGUGCCAAACUUAUAAACUAAUAUAUAGACUUGAAUGUAUAGUGUUCAUUCUAGCACCCUGCACCUUUCAAAAACCAUGCAGUUCUCCUUUGCUGCCUGGGGUGUCGCUCUCUGCUCUGGGGCUUCUCAGAACACUCUGGUCUAUAUCUCAGCACUGAAAUACAGACCAGAGUGUGCUGAGAAGCACCAGAGGAGAGAGCAACACCCCAGGCAAGAAAGAGGAACUGCACAUGUUUUGAAAGGUGCAGGGUGCUAGAAUGAACACUAAAUGUAUGAUGUGUACAUUGUGAUUGUAGCGUGUGUGUGUGGUCACUGGGAUAAACCAGGACAUUAUCUACAGGGACACAGAAGACGAAGUAUAGGAGUGUCUGUAUAACGCCUCUGUCUCUUUCCUUUAGGCGUAAGCUGAGUUCUGACUGUGGAUUUUGCUGCUCAAAAACUAUAUUUUUUAAAAACCAAACUAAAUUGUCAUAAUAAAGAUUCCAUUUAACGA